UGUCGAUCGCCUCUUUCCACAACAAUUUGCUCCUUUGUUAUAAAAGCAUAUAUAUUUACAUACCACAUUGAAUUUAUCAAUUUCUGAAUAUAAACAAAGAUGAAUAGUAGUCUGGCCACGUGUGCAGCAAGUAUCCCUCAUCUAGCGCUCUCCGGCAACCGCAGCAUGCCGGUGAUUGGCCUUGGCACGGCGGCUGAUUCACCGGGGAAGGAAACCACCAAAGGGGCAGUGAUAGAGGCUAUAAAACUCGGGUACAGACACUUUGACACAGCCUCAGUGUAUGGAUCAGAAGAGUUUGUCGGAGAAGGCAUAGCUGAAGCAUUUCAUCUUGGCCUUGUCAAGUCACGAGACGAACUAUUCGUCACUUCUAAGCUCUGGUGUAGCGAUAAUCAUCCUGGCCAUGUCAUUCCUGCUUUACGGAGAUCACUUGGGUAUCUGAGAUUAGAAUAUGUAGAUCUUUAUUUGAUCCAUUUUCCCCUCAGUGCCAAACCUUGGAAUAUGAAAUUCCCAUUUGACAAAAACGAGGUGGUACCAUUUGAUAUGAAGGGAGUGUGGGCAGAAAUGGAAGAAUGCAAGAAGAUGGGACUCACAAAAUCCAUUGGAGUCAGCAAUUUCUCCACCAAGAAGCUUCAAAAUCUUCUUUCCUUCACUACCAUUCCUCCUUCUGUCAAUCAAGUAGAGAUGAAUCCUUGUUGGCAACAGAACAAGCUAAGAGAAUACUGCAAAGAAAAGGGUAUAAUCGUAACUGCAUAUUCUCCUUUGGGAGCCCAGGGAGCCAGUUGGGGCACAAAUAAUGUUAUGGACAAUGAAUUGCUUAAUGAGAUAGCUGAGGCCAAUGGAAAAUCUGUUGCCCAGGUAUGUCUGAGAUGGUUGUAUGAGAAAGGAGUGAGUUUUGUGGUGAAGAGCUACAACAAAGAGAGGAUGAAGAAGAACUUAGAAAUAUUUGAUUGGUCACUCAAUGAAAGUGACUUGGAGAAGAUAGCUCAAGUGAAGCAGCACCGUAUGAACCUCGGACCUACUACUGGUCUUGAAGAUUUAUUUGAUGGUGAAACCUAAUUAAUUAUGAUUGUAUACAGAGCUGAUGUUUCAUGAUUCUCUUCUUAUUCAAAUUGUAAGAGUUAGUAUGAGGGUUUAUUUUUAUCUUAAAUAAAAAAUCUCAAUCUGCUGUCUCUGAAAUUUAUACUA